UUUCGUGACACCGAGCUCUCACGCACUGCGAUUUUCCCUUCACCCACGCAACACCGCGCUCUGAAUGUAGCGCUCUUCCCCUACCGAACCAACGAUUAUGCCCGCUGCGACCUCCAUGAAACGGGCUCUGGCCGAAACUCCAGACACUCGCCGCAACGCCGCCGCAUCCCCGCAAUCGAUGAAGAAGCGCAAGCUGGACGACUCCGUCAGAUCGACCAAGGCCCCGCCGAAAGGCGCGGACAACAAUGUCAUUGGAUCGAGCCAACCUAGAAGCCAGUUCGAGGAGACACUCGAGAGGCUUACGCAGGAUAUCGAUGACUUGAGGCACACCAACAAAGAGAAGGAUCAAGAAUGGUCGCGGCCGAGCUUGGAUGAGUUCGAUGACACGCAGGAUAGCCUCUGCUUCCAGCAGAUCGAAGCUGAGGAGGGAACUUUACAUGGUGGCAAGACAACUGUCAAGCUCUUCGGUGUGACGGAAACCGGUCACUCUGUACUCCUCCACGUCACGGACUUCCUACACUACCUCUAUGUCGCCGCACCGGUAUCCUUUCAGAAAUCUGACUGCCAAGGCUUCAAGCACUACCUCGAAACCCAGCUUGCUCAACACCAGCCGGCUAUCCACUCCGUAGAAAUGGUAUUGAAGGAAAAUCUAUAUGGCUUCCAGGGCAAUCAGAAGAGCCCCUACCUCAAGAUCACCGUCAACGACCCAAGGUACAUAAACAGGCUCCGAACAUCCAUCCAGGAGGGCAACGCCAACUACAAGGGACUGUGGAAGGGCGCGGAUGGAGGCAUUUUGACCUUUGACAGCAUUCAAUAUGUUUUGCGGUUCAUGAUCGACUGUAAGAUCUCCGGCAUGUCGUGGGUCGAGGUGCCUCCUACGAAGUACACGAUGGUUCCUCAGCGAGACCGCCAUUCCAACUGCCAGAUUGAGGCCUACGUCAGUUACCGAAACCUCAUUGCCCAUCCUGCUGAAGGGGAGUGGGCUAAGAUGGCACCACUACGAGUCCUCUCAUUUGAUAUCGAAUGUGCUGGCCGCAAAGGAAUCUUCCCCGAAGCAAACAUAGACCCUGUCAUUCAGAUUGCAAACGUCGUUACCCGUUACGGAGAAGACAAACCGUUCGUCCGAAACGUCUUUUGCAUGGAUACCUGCAGCUCGAUCGUUAAUACUCGGAUUUACGAGUUCCAAGACGAGGGGAAAAUGCUGCAAUCCUGGACCGACUUCGUGCAAAAAGUUGAUCCCGAUGUCAUCAUUGGUUACAACAUUGCCAACUUCGAUUUUCCCUAUUUGCUGGAUCGUGCAAAGCAUCUCAAAUGCGCACGCUUCCCAUAUUGGACGAGGCUGAAGAAUGUCGCUUCACAAGCCAAGGAAACCAACUUCUCCAGCAAGCAGAUGGGCAACCGCGACACCAAAGCCACCAACACCAAUGGCAGACUACAACUCGAUCUGCUUCAGCUGGUGCAACGUGACCAUCAAUUGCGAAGCUAUACCCUCAACUCUGUCUGUGCACAUUUCCUUAAUGAGCAGAAGGAGGACGUGCAUCAUACGAUGAUCACUGAGCUUUUCAACGGCGACGCGAACUCAAGACGACGUCUUGCUGUAUACUGUUUGAAAGAUGCCUAUCUGCCACAGAGGUUGAUGGACAAACUCAUGUGCUUGGUCAACUAUACAGAAAUGGCCCGUGUCACGGGAGUGCCGUUCAACUUCCUGCUAUCCAGAGGUCAACAAGUCAAAUUCCUCAGUCAGCUGUUCCGAAAGGCCUUGGAACAAGAGCUGGUCAUCCCAAACCUACGCAUGGACAGUUCUGAUGAACAGUAUGAGGGUGCGACUGUCAUUGAACCUACUCGGGGCUAUUAUGACGUUCCUAUUGCAACCCUUGAUUUCGCAUCUCUGUAUCCCAGUAUCAUCCAGGCCCACAAUCUUUGUUACACGACAUUGUUGAACAAAAAUGCUGUGGAAAAGCUGGCUCUGAAGAAAGAUGAAGAUUAUAUCGUCACUCCUAAUGGCGACAUGUUCUGUACGUCUAAGGUUCGAAAGGGGUUGCUGUCGCAAAUUCUUGAGGAAUUGUUGGGUGCGAGAAAGCGCGCCAAAAAGGAACUUGGCGUUGAAAAAGACCCAUUCAAGAAAGCUGUUCUCAACGGUCGUCAGCUGGCUCUGAAGGUCAGCGCAAACUCGGUUUAUGGUCUAACCGGUGCGACUGUAGGCAAGCUUCCUUGUUUGGCUAUCGCAAGUUCUACAACCAGUUACGGUCGUCAGAUGAUUGAGAAAACCAAAGACGAAGUGGAGAAGAAGUAUACCAUCGCCAACGGCUACUCACACGACGCGCAGGUCAUUUACGGUGACACGGAUUCCGUCAUGGUCAAGUUCGGGCCUCCGGAUUUGGCAAAGGCCAUGGAGUUGGGUCAAGAAGCCGCGGAUUACGUUUCCUCGAAGUUUAUAAAGCCCAUCAAGCUCGAGUUCGAGAAGGUUUAUUUCCCCUAUCUCCUCAUCAAUAAGAAGCGUUACGCUGGUCUCUUCUGGACGAAUCCCAACAAGUGGGACAAGAUGGACACUAAAGGUAUCGAAACAGUCCGUCGUGACAAUUGUCGUCUGGUACAGACUGUCAUUGAGACUUCGCUUCGCAUGCUCUUGAUCGACCGUGAUGUCAAUGGAGCACAAAAUUUCGUCAAGGAGACCAUCUCCGAUCUGCUCCAGAACAAGGUCGAUAUGUCCAAUCUUGUCAUUACCAAGGCCCUUUCAAAGUCCGAUUAUGCCGCCAAGCAGGCUCAUGUUGAGCUUGCUGAACGCAUGAAAAAGCGCGAUGCUGGUUCUGCGCCGGCACUUGGUGAUCGUGUCGCGUACGUCAUUGUGAAGGGUGCUGGGGGCUCCAAGAAUUACGAAAAAUCGGAAGACCCAAUCUUCGUCCUGGAGAACAAUCUGCCGAUCGACACGAAGUACUAUCUGGACAACCAGCUUUCGAAACCGUUGACCAGAAUCUUCGAGCCUAUCUUGGGAGAAAAGAAGGCCUCUCAAUUGCUGACAGGCGAGCACACGCGCAGCAUCAGUGUCGCAGCGCCGACGAUGGGUGGUCUCAUGAAGUUUGCGAAGCGCACGCAGACAUGUAUGGGAUGUAAGAAGCCUCUGGUGUCCGCUCACGAGAAGGAGGGCGCUGUGUGCGAAAACUGUCAGCCAAGGUCUGGCGAACUUUACGCAAAGACCUUGUCUAAGGUUGCGGACCUAGAGGUCAGGUUCGCACGUCUCUGGACCCAAUGCCAGAGAUGCCAGGGCAGCAUUCACUGCGAGGUCAUCUGCAGUUCCAGAGAUUGCCCAAUCUUCUACAUGCGCAUGAAGGCGAAGAAGGACGUCGAGGACGCAAAUAAGGAACUUGUCCGUUUUGACAGGGAAGACGUGAUGUGGUAAAUCGGACCAGCAUCGAGAUGGAUAUGCAGCGCAUUUUAUGGGACGGGUGUACAUGCUUUGUUUGCUACCGGUUAUGGGUUUUACUAUGGGAUCAUGGUCAGGAUGGGCAGUUGCUAGGGCGGCGUUGCUGUGUGGAAGGCGAGUUUGUGCUUUCUUUAAUACAAACAUGAUACGGAGAUGAGAG